CUCUUGUCCACAUGCGGUGACAAUUCCGCCGUACUUUGCUUGAAUAAAUUACUUGCUACAUCCCCUGCAAUUGCAGUUUACUUCCAUAUUUACCGGAUUAUCGACUCUUUUCAUGAUCGCCAGCGCAGAAAUCACUUGAAGUUGUGCAUCGGGAAAUUAUGAUGCCGGGAGAUAUGUACUUGGCAUUGCUUGGGUAUUCCGCGCUUUGUUGUAUCACUUUCAUGAGUCGGUUGUUGUUGUUGUUGUUGUUGUUGUUGUGAUACUGCAGUCCUGAAUAUAUUCCUAGCGGGCAAUUACUUCUGUACUCUUGCUUUAGCUGUCUUCAUCCGUUUCAAAGCAGCUCUCAGGUCUUCCUCCUUCCCUCCUCGUUCUUAUCUCGGACUCUUUCCCUCAAAAGUCUAAAGUAUUGAGGCGUCUAUUGUGUCCAAGCGGUCCAAGACACUCUUCACCCCUCAAUCUCGUUUCGAUAAACCCUUCAGAUCAAACUUACCUAUCUACGCUCUGGCUUUCUCUGCGUCCCGACAAUUGCUCCCCUUCUCUCCUCGACCAACUUCAAUCGUCACCCGGUGCAGCUCAGAUCAGGCCAGGCCUCUUCCAGGCGGACAUGUAUGCGUUGGUGCAUCGGAACCCAUCCUGGGUGCGGAUUGGCGAUGCUUUCACUUUUCACUGCAGGUCUCAGCUCGUCAGGCUCCUACCGAGAUCAAACCCCUGAGAUUUAAUCUCCUGAUAUGCAGUGCAGCCCCUGAAUGGCCUGCUUUACCGGCAGAUAGGAAACCCGGGGGGGCAGAAAGAUAACGUCACAGGAGAAAUGCGGCGAUAGUACCUUUGUUAUAGCGGACAUCGGGCCGUAUUACGACCUUUUAUACCUCGUGACGACAGACUUCAAGCUCGGAGCAUGCGGUUGUCUAAGUGGUGAUGGGAUUUCAUCGCGGAUAUCGUGACUUGGAUGCAAGAAUUCGGCUGACUCUGGAGAAAGAGCCAUACGCCAAGCAUGCAACCGCAUCUCCUGAUAAUCCUUGGAUAUUGUAAUCGAAAAUAAACUAUUCUCUGAGAAUAAGCGUCGAAGGGAAACCAGUUCUAAAGAACAAACAAGAAGGCUUUGAUAUACACGUCAAACCCCUACUGGUGCGGAUAAGCAUCUGGGCGCUUCAUCCUUAGGUACGCUUUACUCAGGGGUCUCGGGUGUUAGCGUCAGAUCAGCCUCGUAGUUCCGAACACCACGAACGACAACCACGUUUCAACACCCAAAGCCAGAACCACAAGCCAGCUUCAUAAAUAACUCACCACGCAACCUCAUCACCUCUCCCUCCCCACGAUAAGCAUCCCGACCCUUCCACAACCUCCAAUUGCUUACCUUACCUCUCCUCCCUCGUCGCGCGCCCUCCCAAUCAACAGCAUCUCCCCGCCAUUCAGCCUCCCAACAUCCGCAAUGGAUUCCCUGCCCACCGAAAUCCUGGGCCUCAUCCUAGAAUGGGAAGUGCGGAUGUGCGAGCGCCAGAAGAACACCAUUCUCAAUCUGCGAUUGGUUUGCAAGGCGUUCGAUAUGGCGUUACGGACGUGUGCGUUCAGGACUAUACAAUUGGAAUUCUCGCGGUUUCUGAGGCAUGCGCCGACGCCGGAUGUGAAGAGCCUGGUGGGAGUGGGGGGAAUUUGUGAGGCGUUGUACUUGGAUAUGAUGGUCGUGAGAGAUGAGGAGGAGAUUAGUCGUCUAUCUAGUGUCUUCCACGGCCUCCUCAGGAAGGUCCCUGAGAUGAUACCCCUGCUGGACUCCCUCCGAAGAUACUGUUUGAACGAUUCCACUUUUGAUGAGACGGACUUUCGUCGGGUCACAGAGAAUGUUUUGGAACAUACACCAAACUUAAAGAGGCUGAAAUUGAACCUCCCUUUCCAAGUGGUUGGUCAAACAAGCCGAACAGCAACAGUCCUCCUCGCCACAACUCUAGCAUGUCUAGCCCAACGCCCAGAAGAACAUACCCUCCUCCAAACAAUGGUCUUAGACCACGUCAGUGACACAACACUCAUUGACAUCUGUCACAACCCCAUGGACCUCAAUAACGCAAUAACCACCUUCAGUCACCUAAAACACCUCGUCCUCUCCAUCAAACGUCAAGAAUCCCUCCCCUCCACCCAAUCCUCAUUCAGCAACAACCUCUGGUUCCUGAUCGAGAAAGCUACUCCUCUUGAAAGCUUGUGUCUAAUCGGCUGGAAUAUCCGUCGAGACAUCAAAACUCGUCGCCACUGCCACAACGUAUCUUACAACCACUGGACGAUGCGCUCCCUCCCCUUCUCUCGUGACGUUUCGGACAAACUUACACAUCUCCGGAAUCUAGAACUAAAACGCAUCGACAUCGAUCCGCAUAUCUUUGUAGAUCUCAUCACCCAGGUCGCACCUUCACUCAAAGAACUCUACCUCAACCAAGUCUACCUCAAGAUCCGGGCUCCGCAGCAGGACUCACGUGGUCUGGACCUCUGGGUCGGAGGUGUCGGCCGGAAGAAAGAGGAGACGUGUUGGGUUGCUGAGGACCUACGAGCCAUCCCAGAAUUGAAAUUGGAUAUCCUCCGUGCAACGGGUAUUGGAUAUGAUGAUUUUCUGCCAGUUCCAGACGAGGAUUACCCAACAUACGAUUUGGUAGAUCCAACAGGGCAUUCUCGCUCUUUCGACCAACGCUUCGUAUCGGCUGUCCUUUCGGGACCUGACCCUUCACCAGAGAACCAAGUUCAGCCUCAAGCGCAGACCGAUGCCACCACUACACCCGAACCCACAGCCACACCUCUUACUCUCCACACCACCUCGCCCACACUCCAAACUCAAUCUCAUACUCAACCUCAGCUUCCGCCCUCCAUUACACACUCACCGACACCCACCUCAACACCACACCCCCGCGCCUCCUACGACGCCGAAACCUUCCAAAGAACCCACCACAACUCCACCUCCGAACUCAAGCGGUCCAUCGACGGCUACUUCAUCAACCACAACGAGCAGGCGCUGAAAGAACUGCAGAAUAUCAUUACGGUCGCGGAUAGGGGCAUGAAUAUGCUGAGUGCGGAGAUUGAGAGGGCGAGGAUGGAGGGGGAGAUGGUUAGGGAGGGGGGUUAGAAUUUGUGAAGCAGAGGUGAUGGUUGAGGAUGAGGAAAUGAGGGGAGGGGGUGGAGAGAGUGGUGUAGAUGUUUCGAUUGUAGAUAUGCCGUAGUAGAUAUUAGACUUUGGAAUUCAUAGAUAAUUCAAUCAUCAAUCUACAUCCUCGGCCCUACCCUUGAUUAGCUAGCGUAUUCCAGAAACCGACGACGCCUCCACCUUCGCAUAAGAGAAACUCAGAUAUGGUCCAUAGAAGUGAGCAUGCAGGAAGGGGAAUGCGCGUGAUGGAAAUGAGUCAUGAAAUGAAAAGUUCCAUAUCCCCAGUAUUACAAACAUCUCAAACAUUUACAGAAUAACAGAG